CUUGAGUCUGCUGGCCUCUGGAAUGGGCAGAUAUCACCAGCCCAUAUUUAACCGUUGAUUUAUUGCACGAACUCCACCGAGAGUCUGUAUUUUUGCACGUCGUCUACACGAUGCUAUGCGGAGGUAAGGUGAUGGAAGAGGCCAGCGGGAGGGUUUCAGAGCUGAUUCCAGUGGUGCUAUUUCCGCGGCUGCCAGGCUUUGCCCCAUCCUCUGUUCAGUAACAGCGCCCAUUCUCAUCCCAAAACACCAUGAAGCCAGUCCACGAGCGCAACCAGGAGUGCCUCCCUCCUAAGAAGCGGGACCUCCCUGUUAACAACAACAACAACACCUCUACCAACAACAACAACAGCAGUAGCAUCAGCGGCGGAGCGGGAGGCAGCGGCAUUGGCAGUACAGGAGGAGGAGGUGAGGAUGCCCCGUCUUCACAAAGCUCUGGAGCGAGCGGAGAAGGUAGUGGCGAGUGGGUGCGAGCCCAGCCGAGUGUGCAUUACGGCGUGGAGGGUGCCGAGGGUCUCGUUGGGCUUCCCGUGGAUCAGUAUAGCAUGCUUUAUAAAGUAGCUCUGCCCGCUGGCACCUACUCACCUACCAGUCUGCAUCCUGUUCUUAGCCACAUUUCACCUGCCUACACUGUUCCCUCCCCGGUGUUACAGCACACGAGUGUUCCCUACCCUUCGCUUGGCUUCGCCCAGAUCCCUCACUCCUCCUUGCAGUUUGUUAGCUCUCCGUACGGGGCUGCGGUUCCCUACGCCGUGCCUCCGGGAUUCGUUCCCAGCCCUUUGAUACCACCUCAGUCUGCUAUUUCCCAACCGCACCCCGUUUCCCACCUGGUUCCGUAUCCAUCAGUCAUUCAGGAAGGAGUUGCCUCACCGCAGCAGCAGGUCUCGACCCAUGCGUACACCAAAAUGGGAGUUCCUCUAGUGCUCCCUUCUGAACAAACAGCGACGCAAGCGCAGCUUGGGACUGUAGGGAUGCUGCCUGCCGGCGAGCUCAGCCCGAGAGCUCUGUACUACCACCCCGCCGUCAGGGGCGUGCAACCGCAAAGAGACCUGCACAGCAGCUCCAUGGAGCAGGAGAGAGAGGUGAAUGGAGGGGACAGAGAGCAUGGAGGCAGGGAGAGCCAUCAAGAUGUAGUUUAUUCGACUAGAAGCACACGGCUGCUGCAGGCCGCUGCGCCCGAGCCCCAGCAAGACAAGAGCUUGAAAAGCCGCAGGCUGGAGGGCAGAAUGUCGCCAGGACAGAGCAGCACACCGGACACUGAUCUCGAGGUCCAGCAGGUGGUCGGACGACUUGCCUCUCCUGUCCAUGGCACGAGUCGCAAAGAAGCAGGACAUGUCCCUCUGAACCUGUCUCAAAGCUCUCAGAGGGUUCGAGAGACUCAGGGCGAAGUCAGAACAUCUUAUGCAUCAAAUCCUGCUGAAUCUAGAGCACAUCAGCAGCAGAUCGUUCAACAAGGCCAUGCUGUCAUCUUGGCCAAUGGGCAGCCUGUUCUCGUGCCCCUGGAUUACCAUCACCACCAACAGCAGUCGCAGCAGCAGCAACAGCAGCAGCAUUUCCAACCCAACGACGUGGCCUCAGCAGCAAUUUCUGCUUCUCCCGCUACGUAUACAAAAGCCAUGGAUGCAUCAGCGUGUCUCCCGGAGCGGGCGGUGGCGGAUCCGCCUCCCCAACAGGGGCAGCAGCCCUCCCAGCAGCUUCCAGCUCCCGGUAGUUUCCCACAGGCUCCAUCACACUUCAUGAAAGGCGCCAUCAUCCAACUGGCUACCGGAGAGCUGAAACGUGUGGAAGAUCUGCAGACUCAGGACUUCGUGCGGAGCGCAGAAAUGAGCGGCGGGCUGAAGAUCGACUCGAGCAUGGUAGUGGACAUCCGCGCUAGUCAACAGCGGCCCGGCCUAGUGGCGUUGCAUUUCAACGUAGGGGAGCAGCAGAGCAAAGUGACUAUAGAUGUUCCCCCCGAACAUCCGUUUUUCGUUUUUGGACAGGGCUGGUCGUCUUGUAGCCCUGAGCGGACUGCCCAACUGUACGGACUCACCUGCCACCACUUGCAAGUGGGCGACGUCUGCGUGUCUGUGACGCUCCAGCAGCAAGCUGCUUCGCAGCAGAAACCGCCACAGCAAGUUCAAACCCGGACUCCCACCAAAGUCAACUCCACGUCAGGAGCCCCGCCUCAGCCCAUGGGCCCCCCAGCGCCCCAGCACACCCCUCGGCCGCAAAGCCAAUUAAAAAUGGAGCGUAUCCACAGAGAGAGGGACCGGGACAAGGACGAGCCCGUGCAGAUCGGGGGUUCGAUUUCGAGACCGAACAGGACUUCAGCAGAGCACACUCGGAGCCAGAGCAACUACUAUUUGCACACUGAUAGUCACGCUCCACCGGUAAGCGGAGUCGUAGGGGCGUCCCAGAGGCGCUGGUCUGCCCCUGGCUUCCAAAGAUACAACAUCAAGAAUGAGGAGGGAAGUUUAGCAUCAGCUGCCGCCUCUGGCUCCUCUCGGCCUUCGUUUAUCCCUCAGGAGGUCAAGCUGUCGAUCGAGGGCCGCUCAAACGCCGGGAAGUAGCAGACAAAAGAGAUUGUCCAUGGGAGCGAAGUGUCAGAGGGAGCGUGGUAGGAGGGAGAGAGAAUGUAGCCUCAGAAUGUUUGAGAUUUUGCACAUAUUGGAAGAUUCCCCCCGCCGCCCCCUUCUCUUCGGUUCUGGUCUCGAGCAGAGGACUUUUGUGCCAGGUCAUAGUCAGCGUUCGCAAUGAUCUGCAUGGGCAGCUUUAUCCGGUAAAUCACGUACCAAAGCCUGCGUCGUCUGCGUGUUCCUGUGGGUGAACUAUCAUGUCUGGCAGUGAUGACUCGAGUAGAUGUUUGUUUCAGAAAGGCCAGGGAUAAGAAUGGGAUACAGCCAUAGAGUCUUGACAAGCCUUUACAGUAAUAAUAAGUAUAUAUUUUAAAGAAAGACAAAAGAGGAUUGCUCAACAACUUUUUGUUUCCCCCUAAAAUACAGGCUCUUUCUCUCUAAACGUUGCGCCGUCAGGCUUUUAAAACUUGGACUUUUUAAUGCGUCUCUCUCUACAGGUGUUUGUCCUCACUUUCCUACACUCUCCUCCUCUCCCUGCCUCUUCUCAGGGUGCUUCUGCUGAGGAAUCCCAGUUUGAGAAUCAAUCAAUUGAUCCAACAAUCUUUCUACAAUCAGGAACUAUUUCCAGAUGAAGUCUAGCACACGUCGUAACAGUUGCAUUAACAACUCCUCAGAUGUUAUUAGUUCUGAAUCUGCAUUCCAGUCGUGGUGGAGUUAUCAUUGCCCAGUAAGGCCGUCUCUAAAUAGUACCUCAUGGUUGGAAGCAUCCUUCAGUCUGUCGAUUAACUUCUUUUGUUUUUAAUCCUACAUUGUUGUGCCCUUUUCCUGGAGACAACAUGUGGUGUCAGCCAAAAUCAGCCCUGCUUGCGAAGCUGAGACCAAAUGCAGAACAGGUUCUAGCUGUUUGCGAACAGCCUGUUCCUGUGGAAACGGAUUAUUGCUCUGAAGCAUGCAGGUUUAAAUGAAGUCGUCCCGUGGAAGCGUUUAGCACAUGCAAGUGUAGAGUCACUGCUGUCGGGUGUGGACUGACCGUGCUCAGUUAUCAAAAUCAAAGCAAUAGUUGUGUCAGAACACAUUUUCUUGUUUCUUUUUUGUUUUAAAUCCCGUACAAGAUUACUCCUUGUAUUUGAAUUGUUCAGUGUGCAGCAGUUUCUUUUUUUUUUUAUCCUGCACUUCUCUUGAUUUCUAAGGUGAUGCAGUUUUACUUAUGAUAAUCCUCAUUCUAACAGUUGCUACAGGUUCAUUCAAAGCAUGCGAUUACCUCUAAAACAACACCUUCUUUUUGACCAGUAGUGUCUUUAGAGAUGACUAAUAUGAAGUCACACCUCAAAAUGGGGCUUUUCUAAAACACUGAUGUUUAGGAUCGGAUUUAUUCUUAUUAGAAAAGCUCUGGCCCCUUACAUUGUGUCCUAACCAGGUAUAAUAUAAGCGAUAAAAGUCAUGCUUGAGUUGCGGUGUGUCACAUCUGCAAAAAGCACUAAGCAACAGACGCUCUCUUUCACAUGUUGUUUUUUUUUUUUUUGUGGUAUUGCAACGCAGCAAGUUUGCGUUCAGUUUUUUAAUGGACAGAUUCACUGGAAACUUGUCACGUCAUACCUGGUUAGGAUCAGUGUUGAACCGAAAACGUAUGUCGAAACAGCUCUUCUCUGGAAAGAGCGUCAUUAAUACAGUUUCUAAUCUGUGCUGAGGUUUCUUCUUUGGUUUCUGGUGAACUCUUGUACAGUAUUGUGUUCUGUCUCUCUUUUUGGCAAUAUUACCCAUGUGUGAUUUCUAUUUUCUUUUUUUUUUUUUUUGUACUUGUACUGCAGGUCUUGUAUUGCACAGAUAAGUUCACAGUUGAUUCACGCUGACUCUUUAAUGGGAAUCAGAUAUGUUUUAUUGUUUAUUUUUUCUUUUAAUAAUGAAGGGAAAAUGUUUGUGUUGUUUUGAAGUAUUCAGUUUUGUUGGUGGUUUUUGGCUCACGAGAAACUGACAGGCAAGGUUGACACUGUUUACACAUUAGCCAAGAGAAAAUGCUGCAGUUUGACUUUUCGUAGUUACUGAACAUUUUCAGAUGGAUGAAAUCGUGACUUAAGUGCAAUUAGACCAAAUAUUAUAAACAUUAGGAAGCUCAUUUUUUUAUUUCAAAACAGCAUUCCAGAAAGAGUCUGACAUUCCCACUUUUUGUUGGCUUUUCGUUGUUGCUUAUCUUUUUCCCUCUCGAUAUUUUGAUGCCACUUACUGUUGUCAAAUGCAAAUAUUAAUUUCCAUUUCGGCCUAGUUAUUUCAUGAUAUUUCUCUGCGUUGUUGGCUCUUGGCAUUGCUGGGCUGCCUAUGUUUAGACCAGGAUUUAAUUGAACUGUUUAGGCUCAUACUAUCACUCAAGGCUUUAAGAGAAGAGUUUGUUUUUUUUUCUUUUAGGUAAGAAGUAAUAUAUAUUUUUUUAUAUAAAUGUAGCGCUAGCAUUCAACCGGUUAGAUUUCGACUUCCUCCAAACUGCACCAACCUCAACGAUACCACAUGUCUGUGAAGUUCAUAACCGCUUGUUCCAGUCCUGGUAUAAACCCACAUGGUUUUUAGUUUUUUUUUAAACUAAAUGAAGAAGUGGCAAUGUGCGUAUCGGGUAUAACAGUAUUUGGUUUUGAUCACCCUACAGUGGUUCAAAUCCAUUUGUUGUUUGUAUUUAUGAAGCAUUUCACAAGCAUCAUCUGUUGUAUUUCAUCUGUUAGUAUUUUGUUUGAAGACAUCCUGUUCCUUCUUAAAAGGAGUCCCACUUUCACGCUAUUUAUAAUCUGGUCUCAAAUCUAGUUCAUGUUAUUUCUUCCUUCCUCUGUCCCCUUUGUCCCAGAACGUAUCGUGGCACUUUGGACCCCUUUAAGUUCACAGAGGACACUUCAUUAUAAUUUAUACUUCUUUUCAACCUGAUGUGAACUCUCCAAAAGGGCCACAACUGUCAUCUACCAAAAACUGAAAUCUUUCCAAUGGCUUAAACCAGCCUGAUUUGGUCUUGUGGUCUCAAUCCAGCUCCAGCUGGUUUAGGUUAUUACAUUGUUCCUUCACAGACAGAAAAAAAAAUCAUACUAAAUUAAGACCUCUUUCAUUAUUUUAAGUAUUAGAUUUGAUAUGAAGCAAUACUUGACUCGAAAUAGCAGAAAUGAUACAGCUUUAGCAUGAGCUAUGCAGUAGAGACUCAGUCAGCACCCUAAUGCAGUUUCAAUACUCUCACCAGUUAGUCUGUGGUCUGUUCACAGAAGUCAGUUACAGGUUCAAUAUCGUUGCGUGUUCUGUGUGUUUCUAGUAACCCACAGGCUCUGUGACCUUUAUGGUAGCGGUUAGUUAUCUCACUACCACGUCACGUAUCCUGAAGCUUAUCUGGUGUCGCUUAUUUGGUGCUGUUUGUUGUUUUUUUUCUUAUUUGUCAGCAAUGGUGCACUGUUCUUGGUCUUCUCAAAUGCACUGCCUUACCAGCCGUCUCUUGGCGAGAUGCAAUCUCCAAUCUGCAAGCUUCGUGGCGGAGAUGGACUGAGUACGCUUUCAUUAAGAACUGAGCUACUAUCCUGUGCACUGUAAACAAGGAAAGUUGACGCUAUGUUUGUGCCUUCCCAAUGUCUUAACUUUACUCUGGUCUGUCUUAUUAAGCUUUGUUCACUGGGAGAUUUGCAAGUCUCCGGAUUGCUCUUACUGUCAUCACAUCAUGUAUCUCACAGGCUUGAAAACCCUACUGUGCUGUUGAGGGCCAUCUAAACAUCAAUCAGUCAUGACAUCCUAAGUACUAGAAUUAGAGAAAUUAUAGUAGAAGAUUUGUGAUGAAGUGCUACGGUGAUUGCUUAUUUUUGAAGGCCACCCUGAAGGUUUGCAUCUCCCUGAUUCGCACGGCAAAAAGCCAAUAGGAGUUUUCAGUUGGGCUUUUGGAUUAUAGCAGAAAAUAAGUUCUGUGACCAGCAAACGUUUAGGAAUCUUGCACGUUUGGUUCAUCAUAAGCUUUACAAAUGAAGCUUAAUGCAAAAUGCAAAACAGGUUAUAAAUUAAAUGGAAAAAUCUGUAUUUGUUAGCAUCUGCCUUUUUCAAGACAAGUAAAAGCUUAAAAAAAACAGGUUAGUGAUGUAUUUUAUAUAUAAUAUUUAGCAAGCUUGUAACCAGUUAAAUCAUUGAUUUUUUUUUUUUUUUUAAAUUUGCAUUUUGGCAGUUCCAGGUAAUUUACCAUAGAAAUAUGAUCUUUAUGAAUUUCUAUAGCAUUUAUAGCACCACCUGUGUUCCAAUAUCCGUGAAAGUUUGCAUGCUUGUUAAGAAUUUAAGAGUUUCGUAAAGUUUUCAUUUAGGAUUUAUAGACUUGGGUAUAUUUGGCCACGCCUCUUCAUGAAAUGACUCUGUUAUAGUAAAACUCAACAUUUUUUGGUAAUUAUUGAAAUAGAGAGUCCAGAGAAUUGUGCUGCAAUGGUUUUACAGAGGUUGAGCGAAUAACCUACGACUAGUUUGCAAAAGUAGGAUUUUUAACAUAAUUGAGAAUAUUCAGUGAACAGAUUGACAGCAGUGGUUCUUGAGGCAAAGUUGCUGAGUAUGAGGAGAUCUGUCAAUAUUAAUAUGAAUAUUGUGUGGGCAUUUGAAACACCCUGUGAUUACAUUAGUAAACUCAUUAGUGCCAACUAGUGGGCGAUUUCUUUCAAAAUUCUUACAGACCUUUAGGACCAUGGGUCGAACAUGGCCAUCUAAUUGUCUAAAUGACCAUCUAAUUGUCUAAUAGGUGCUCAAUUUAUUGGCUGAUGGCGGCCCUUGUGGCACUUUGGACAAAGACACUGCAUACCAUUUCGAUUAGACUAAUGGUUGCAUAAUUAUAGCCACUUUUACGAGUAUUUUUCCCCCUCUUACAGCGCCACCAAGUGGCCAAGCUUGGCAUUUUUUUUUAUUUGACCAAAAAUUGAACUCUUACAUAUGUGUACUGAGUUUGGCGAAGAUAUCUCAUUCUGUUCAAAAGUUAUAGCCGUUUUAGUAAAAGUGGUUCUGCCCGUUUUGAACGUUUUGACGAGUCAAAAGUUGUUUUUUUUUUUUUUUUUUUUGAUAAUUAUUGAUUAUUCACUCUCAAGAGAAUCUUCCUGCACUGUUUUGGUUCCGAUCUGGUGAAAAACCUAGGACUAGUUUGCAAAAAUAAGUUUUUUUUCGAAAAAAUUAAAUUUCGCAAAUUUCACAGGAUGAUGGUCGUCGGGCAUGAGCCAUAGACUCCAAGGACAUAAAACACAUGGUUUACGAGUCAUGAGCGAUUUUGUAUUUUUUUUGUCGCUGUAGCGACCUCUGUCCGGCCAAUUGAGUACAACCAUCCUUCCAAGAUUCAAGUCUCUACAAUAUAUGGUUGGGUCUGCCCAAUCAGUUUUACGUGGAGAUUGCUGAUCCUUGGUCAUUCUAGUAAUUACAGUCUGAUUGGCAUCCGUUAACCUCGUCUAAUAGGCGCUCAAACUUUAUUGGCUGAUGGCGGCCAAGUUUUUCGAGAUCCACGAAUGUCCUCAUAGACCCUUGUGUCACUUUAGACGAAGACACUGCAUACCAAUUUUCAAGUCGAUUAGACUAAUGGUUGCAUGGUUAUAGCUGUCUUUAUGCUUUUUUCGUUCUUAUAGCGCCACCAAGUGGCCAAGCUUGGCAGUUUUUUUUAUUUGACCAAAGAUUGAGCUCUUACAUAUGUGUACUGAGUUUGGCGAAGAUAUCUCAUUCCGUUCAAAAUUAGUGCCGUUGUACUUUUGGCGUCCCUUUGCAAAAGAGUCAAAGUUUGACUUUAGUUUUAGAAUAUUGAUAUUCACUUUCCAAAGAAUCUACCUGCACUGGUUUGGUUCUGAUUAGGCGAAAAACCUAGGACUAGUUCGCAAAAAAUCUGAGGCAUGUGUUUUAAACCAUGGAUUCCAACGACAUAAGACACGUGAGCCUGCAACUAACGAUUUAGGAGCUAUGAGCGAUUUCGUAAUUUUGGUCACUGUAGCGCCCCCGUUAGGCCAAUUGAGUACUACCAUCCCUUCAAGUUUGAAGUCUUUACAACUUAUAGAUUGCUCUGCCCAAUCAGUUUUACGUGGAGAUUGCUGAUCCUUGGCCAUUCUAACAGUUACAAUAGGGUUUCAUUGCUACGCAACUUCAGGGUGAUGCAACUGAAAGUGCUACUUUGCCUUUUUAGUUUUUGGCCUACAAAAUUACGUCGCCCUUGCAGCACUCUGAAAUUUGGUUAAUGACGUAAGAUCAGUGUGUAAUGUGUCAAAUGUGACUCUCAAGCUGUGAUUUUUAUCAUUCAGGGUCAGUUUGAAGUUGUAUCUUCAAUGGUAGCAGCACAGAAGGGUUAAGCACAAGUUACAUUCCUAUAGAUAGUGCACGUCUGUGUUUUCUUCCCUUUACGGAUGUGUGAAAAUUAAUCAAAUCAUGUCCUUACCUCACCUUUGCAUAUAUGUCAAGUACAGCAUCCCUUUGAAAGCAUUUCAUCUCCUUGUAAUGAUUAGGGCAUCUACACACUAGAUAAAUGAAAGUUUUCAUAGUUAGAAAGCAGUUCGAGUUGGAAAGAGUCGGAUAUGUGGAAAUAAACUGGGAAUUUAUUUUACAAAGUACUUCCAAAAGCACAACCACAAUGAGCGUGUUGCGGUUUAGAUUCAAGACACUUACAUUUUCCUCUUUCAGUGAUGUUUUUCAUGUUCCCAGUUAAAAUUAAAAGACAUUUAUAGAGUAUAUCUGGUGUGUAGAUGCCCUACUCGUCUUUGCAUUUAGAAAAUCCCAUGUUGUUCUUCCAUAGAGCCUCAUCUAAUCAUGUAACAUAGACGUUUGUCGCUUUGAUGCAAUGAAAUCUGCACUUAUUUACCCUCACCUGUAGUGUUACGGUAAAUGUUUCACCGUCAUAUUGAAACCACGUAAAACAAUCAUCCAACGUUUGUAUGCUUGUACAGAUAUGAAGAUAAUUUUUUGUAUAGUAUUAGCUUGUUGAUAACGCCUUAAGAUGUGCACCGUUCGUAAACGAUGUGUACAAGUGACUCCCCGCUCUGCAAGGUCGUACGAUUUCACGUGGAGACAAAGUCUUGACCAUAGACCCCUCUGUAAAGGUGGCUCGGGUUGCUCACUGACAACAAUCGGUGACGUUGCACUUACUGAUUGUAAGAUGAUAUUUCGGGACUAGCUCAUAAUGUGUAUCUUUGUCGAACACAAUGUAAGCUUAACAUACGUUCUAGAUCUUUAACGCUUUAUUUAUGUUUUGCUCUUGUUAGUAGGGUAAAAGUCAAGACUGAAGCUUUGCACUGUUGACAUUCCUGAUUCUAGCUCAGAAACAUCGUACUUCACUUCCUCAGUGCUUUGUAGAGAAAAGCAUUUGAAUCUCAUGAAGUGCAGUGUUGGGAAGGUUACUUUGGAAAUGUAAUCGGUUACAAGUUACCCUAUUUAAAAUGUAAUAAGUAGUGUAACUAUUUCAGUUACUUUAUCUGAAAAUAGCAUACAUGCCCAUUGAGUUUCGUUCCGAUCGGCCUCCGUCAAAAUUCAUUGGCUGAUGGCGGCCAUGUUCUUUGAGAUCCGCGAACAUCCUCAUGGACCCUUGUGGCACUUUGGACAAAGACACUGCAUACCAAUUUUCAAGUCGAUUAGAGCCGCUUUUAUGCUUUUUCCCCCUCUUAUAGCGCCACCAAGUGGCCAAGCUCAUUUUUUAAUAUUUUUUUUAUUUGACCAAAGGUUGAAUUCUUACACGUGUACUGAGUUAGGUUAAAAAAUUAUAGCGGUUUUAGUAAAAGCGACCCUGCCCCUUCUAAAGUUUUGUCAUCUGUUUUUUUUUUUUUUUUUGAUAAUUAUUGAUAUUCACUCUCUAGAUAGUGAAUACUUCCUGCACUGGUUUGGUCCCGAUCAGGCAAAUAACCUUGAACUAUUUCGCAAAAGUAAAUUAUUAUUAUUAUUAUUUUUUUUUUAAAUCCAAAAUAUCCGAAAAUUCGCAGGAUGACGAAUGCUUUUUCGAAUGCAUUUUGCAUGCUUUUUGUCCAGUGUGAACCACAGAUUCUAAUGACCUAAGACACUUCUGCCUGUAACAAACAGUAUAGGAGUUACAGUUUAGCUGAUUACAUUAAAUUACAUUUUGAUUACUUUUCAAAAUUUCUAACAAAUGUUAUUAACUAUUAUUCAAUUAAUCAACUCUCAGACAUGUUGUAGCCUGAAGAUUUUAGCGGCAAUGUGGAUUAAUCUUUGCAGACGUGGUGCACUGCAAAUUCAACAAAAGAACCAAUCAAAACCAUCAGAAUCGGAUUGUCAAGGCAUUGUACAUAUCAAAAACAGUCAAAGCAACAUAUUAAUACGAUUCAAAUGAGAAAAUAUUCGGAUGUAACCCCCCUUUGUAAUCGUUAACUGUAAUUUAAUUACACAUUUUGGAUUACAGUUACAUUUAUUUUGUAAUUAAAUUACAUGUUAAAUGUGACUAGUUCCCAACACUGACAAAACAAUUUUGCCCGAAAAUCAAACGAGGGGAAAUCUAAACCUCUACAUUUUGGAUUUGAAAUAUUACAAAGAUACUUAUUUUCUCAAUCAGCAUUACUGUUGAGAUUAAAUAGAUGUUGUGUGCUUUAAAAA